AUGUCGGAAUUCCUAGGAUCUCGCAUCUCCCUCAUCUCCAAGAGUGACAUCCGCUAUGUCGGCGUCCUUCACGAAAUCAACUCGGACGAAUCUACCGUCUCGCUCGAGAACGUCAAGUCUUUCGGUACCGAGGGUCGCAAGUCUCGCCCCGAGGAGGAGAUAGCACCCUCCGACCAGGUCUACGAGUAUAUUAUCUUCCGCGGCAGCGAUGUGAAAGACUUGCGUAUUGAGGACCACCCGGGCAUCAAGGAGAACAAGGCUCCUGCCGUGCCCGAGGACCCUGCCAUCGUUGGUUCGCGCCCCCGCCCCGGCGGCCAAUUUUUUUAA